UCACACACCCCGAGCCGGCCGGCGUUCUCCACUCACCGACUUAUUUCACUUCAUUGCAAUCGAGCAGCCCGUUUGUGUGUCGGCUGCGACGGGAACAAGUGACCCAACAAAAUAUAUUUUAGUAAAUAAGAAUAAUUAAAAACAUACAAUGAGGGAAAUAGUGCACCUGCAAGCUGGCCAGUGCGGUAACCAGAUCGGCGCUAAAUUCUGGGAGAUCAUAUCUGAGGAGCACGGCAUUGACCCUACUGGCGUGUACCGCGGCACCAGCGACUUGCAACUCGAACGGAUCUCCGUCUACUAUAAUGAGGCCUCUGUUGCGACGGCGGAGAGCGGCGGCAAGUACGUCCCCCGCGCCAUCCUGCUCGACCUCGAGCCCGGCACCAUGGACGCCGUGCGCUCCGGCGCCUACGGGCAGCUCUUCCGUCCGGACAACUUCGUCUUCGGCCAGUCCGGCGCCGGCAACAACUGGGCUAAGGGACACUACACGGAGGGCGCCGAGCUCGUCGACGCAGUCCUCGAUGUAGUGCGCAAGGAGUGCGAGAACUGCGACUGCCUCCAGGGCUUCCAGCUCACACACUCGCUCGGCGGCGGCACCGGCUCCGGAAUGGGCACCCUCCUUAUCUCCAAAAUCAGGGAAGAAUACCCCGACAGAAUCAUGAACACAUACUCAGUCGUCCCCUCGCCCAAAGUAUCAGACACCGUCGUCGAGCCCUACAAUGCCGUCCUCUCCAUUCAUCAGCUAGUCGAAAACACAGAUGAGACGUACUGCAUAGACAACGAGGCCCUCUACGACAUUUGCUACAGAACCCUCAAAGUUCCUAACCCAACAUACGGCGAUCUGAACCAUCUCGUCUCGCUCACCAUGUCUGGCGUGACCAUUUGCCUCAGGUUCCCCGGUCAGCUGAAUGCGGAUCUCCGCAAGCUGGCGGUGAACAUGGUGCCCUUCCCGCGUCUGCACUUCUUCAUGCCGGGCUUCGCCCCGCUCACGUCGCGCGGCAGCCAGCAGUACCGUGCCCUCACCGUGCCCGAACUCACUCAGCAGAUGUUCGACGCUAAGAACAUGAUGGCGGCGUGCGACCCGCGUCACGGCCGCUACCUCACCGUCGCCGCCAUCUUCCGCGGUCGCAUGUCCAUGAAGGAGGUCGACGAGCAGAUGCUCUCUAUUCAAAAUAAGAACAGCAGUUUCUUCGUCGAAUGGAUUCCUAACAACGUGAAGACUGCCGUGUGCGACAUCCCGCCCAAGGGUUUGAAGAUGUCUUCUACCUUUAUCGGCAACACGACCGCCAUCCAGGAGCUGUUCAAGAGAAUAUCGGAGCAGUUCUCUGCUAUGUUCAGGCGUAAAGCUUUCUUGCAUUGGUACACGGGUGAGGGUAUGGACGAGAUGGAGUUCAACGAGGCGGAGAGCAACGUCAACGACUUGGUGUCUGAGUACCAGCAGUACCAGGAGGCCACCGCCGAAGACGACACGGAGUUUGACCAGGAAGACAUGGAGGAGCUCGCGCAGGACGAGCACCACGAUUAGACUGUUCGUCUCCCUUACUGCGACUCUCGUGGUACAAGCAACGUAAUU